UGCGUUUCGUCUCUGUUGUAUGUUGUGAGUCGCGGUCGCCGUCACCGUUAAGCGUUUUAACGUCGUCGUCGUCGUCGUCGUUGCCGUCGUCGUCGUGUUUGCCGCCGUCGCAAAAGCAAAUACAUACUACUGCAUAGAGAGAAAGAAAGAGAGAGAAGUGUGCGAAUGAACGAACAUUCAAUGAAAUUAUGAAUAUGUGAAUUUAAAAAAGAUUCAUUCUUAACGGCAUAAAUAAAAUUCAAAAAGAACGCGCUGCGCAUCAAAGCAGAAAACAUUAGUGAGUGUAAUGCGCUAAACUCUCAAGUCAAUUUUGCGUUGAAACGAGACGCAGCAGCAGCAGCGCGACGUUUUGUGACGUCAAGAGCAGCAGCAGCGGCAGCACUCCUACACACACACACACACACACACACACAUGCAUAAACACUGACAUACACACACACACACAUACACUGACACACUCAUACUCACGUAAUAACAAUAAAGGAUCCCUUACCUCCAUAAAGAAACGACGCAAGAAAGCGAGUGAGCGAGAGAAGAGAAGCGAGGCAGCACAUUGUGUGCGUGCGAGAGCGAGUGAGUGAGUGAGCAACAGUAACAGCAACAACAACCGACAACAACAGCAAAUAGCGAUAACAACGUUGCAAAAAGGAGUCAUAAAAAAUGGAACAGCCGAGCAUACUCGUCAAAAUCCUGCAUUCAAUACCGCAUGUGAAUUACACAUUUCGUCGGGUUAAUGACACCUUCAAUCCGGAUAGCGAUGUUUACCUCGAGAGCCUUGGCAUACUGGCCUCGAUACCAGCUGGCCUACUGAUCCUCUCGCUACUCGGCCUGCUGCUUUAUCUGCUAACGCGAUGCUGCGAUCGCAAACAACGCAAACCGAGCGCUCAGCGUUGCCAGAGCUGUUCUUUGGUCAUCAUCACGCUGAUGACCUGUGCAGCCAUUGGACUAGGUUUAUAUGGCAACGAUGAUUUCCACAAUGGUCUGCUGCAGGCCUUCAGCUCCGGCAAGCAGGUGGAAAGCCUUGUGCUCAAUCUUAAACGACAGACUGAAACCAUCAAGCAUGAUCUCGAAACGAAAAUGGCUUCACACAAUGUGGUGCUUCAGGUGGAGAAACCGCAGUACAAUCAAACGGCUGUCAUGCUGCUCAUCGAGACAGCGCGUCUGGUGCGCGACAAUACAUCGCGAGCCGUCACAUCGCUGGACAACAUGGUCUUGUACUUUAUGAAGACCAAGGGCAGCGAGAACGAGACCUCAUUGAUGGGCAUACUGCAUUUGGGUGAACUUUAUGAAUCGAUACGUUGGCCAGCGACUUUGGCUUUCCUCACUCUGUUGCUGUUCCUUUGCACUGUGCUGGUGAUUGGUGUUGCACGUCGCUCGCGUUGCACUUUGAUCUUCUUCAGUGUUUCGGGACUGUUUUGCAUCAUCAUCUGUUGGCUCUUGGCUGGCAUUUAUCUCGCCUCAAGCGUUGCCGCCGGCGACUUUUGUAUGCGUCCCCAUGAGUACAUGUGUCGACAGGUGGGCAUGCGCAGUCCGUAUGUCUAUUUCCUCAAUUGUGGCACGCUGCGCAAUCGCUUCAUACUGCGCCUCAACGAGUCGCGCGAUCUCGUGGAACGUGCUCGCGAAAGCGUUGAACUCAUACAACGCAUGAGCCAGGACACGUAUCCACGCAUCGACAUCCAACGCACACUGCACUCGAUGGACAACGAUCUGGAGCAGACGAAACAGAACUUGACCUCGCUAUCGACCACGCUGGACAAACGCGCCAUCGAUCGCCACUACGCGGAGGCGCUGCACGGACUCUGCGGCGGCGGAUUGCUCGGCUUGAGCCUGAUGAUGGUGGCCGGAUUAUUGACAUCGUUUCUGCUCACGAUACUCGUCUAUGCGGAUUCACAUGCCUGGAUAUAUCUCAGCAAGCGGCCGUCGAUGGAUGGCGACAAAUCGGAGACGGCGCCACUGUUUCCCGCCUCGAAUGCGCCAAGUGCGAGCAUCUCGCCAACGGCUCCGAUGAGCACUGGGACAAUCAAUCGAACGUUGUUGCAUCACCAGCAGGCGCAUGGCGGCAUCGGGGGCGGAGGGAACAGUUCACUGAUGGCUGGCAAUGGGACUGGAGGGGGGCGUGGCUUAGCGGGCGGUGGCAUCAAUGGCGGUGCUGCGUAUCGCAAUGGCACCGCGGGAUUGCGACAAGGGUUGGUGGCAUCAUCUCCUCAGCAACAUCAACAACAGCAACAACAGUCAAGCAACAACAACACAUCAAUAUACCACCACUACAACAACAACCACCACCACAACAACAACAGCACCAACACCACAACAACACAGCAUAGAACUAACUCGAACUCAACAACAACGACGACGUCGGCGGCGGCUUCGUUGGGCUUCAAUAAUCAUCGACGUUCGCCGUCGCCGCCGCCCGGCUAUGAUUUGGUGCAUGGCACAAGAUCUGGCCAUCAUACGCUGGGUCGAUUGCCGUCGCAUCAUCAGCAAUCGGCAUCGUAUUUGCCGGGGCCAAACAAUGGCAAAUACGCGACGCUCAGCAAGCAGUGUAAGACGCUUGAAUCGAACGAUUUCUACUGAGAUUCGCUUGCCUGCAGCACGUAUGCAGGCAAUAGCAACAACAACACGCAGCAUCAGCAGCAGCAGCAGCAACCACAACAACAACAGCAGCAGCUGCAGCAGCACCUCCACAGCAGCAACAUCAAUCAGCAACAGCAACAGCAACUGUUACAACAGCAGCAGCAACAACAACAUCAUCAUGGCAGCAACACACUUAAGAAUAUCUUUGCCUCCGCAACCUUGCCACGUUCCACAGGCAGCUCGAUACGCUCCGUGCUCUCCGCUCAAACAGCGAAUGCGAUGUGCAAAUCGACGGGCAACGGACUCGAUGUCGAUGGCUUGGGCGAUGAUCGCGAUCCGCGCGAUGUCACGAACAACAGUUUCAAUCGCUUCGAUCCCAAGUACAUUAGCAUCGGCCCCAAGGCGGUGCGUGGCAACAACAAUCUGAACAUUGUGGCCGCCGCGACGGCCAACAAAUGUGCCACGCUGCGGCACGUUGGACGCUACGGGGGAUCGCUGAAGGGGGCGUCACCGUCGCCAAAUUUGCGCAGCGCCAAAACGCCAUCGAUUGCCACCGUGUCGAAGGAUUAUUGCCAACAGGCGGCCGAUUGCAUGCCGCAAGUCUAUGCGGGUGGCUCCACGGAUAUGUUGGUGCCACAGCAGCAACAGUUGCAGCAGCAGCAGCAACAACAACAGUUGCAGCAACAACUGCAGCAGCAGCAAUUGCAAUUGCAACAGCAGCAGCAACAACAACAGCAACAGCAGCCGCCGCCUCCCUCGCAGCAACAGCAACAGGUGGCGCCACCGCCGCCACCCCCGCAGCAGCAGCAGCAGCAAGUGUUGCAGCCACAGCCCGCGCCACCGCCGCCACCCAAACCAAAGAUAGUCAACACCUUUACGGAAAUACCGGGCACCACAGGCGUGGGCAGCUCCUAUGCCAAGGAGCAGCAACAGUUGCUCGCUCUGCAGCAGCAACAACAGCAACAGUUGCUGGCGCUGCAACAGCUGCAGCAGCAACAACAGCAGCAGCAGCAACAACAACAUCAUCCACCGACAACGCACAUUCUGCCACCCUCAGCGGUGUACAGCAUUGAGAGCAGCAGCGUUUACCCGCCAGCAACAUCGGCCGCGGCAGCAGCAGCAGCAGCCACUGUGCCAACGGCAGCGCCACGUGUGCAACGCUCAUUGAAUCCGGCCUCGAUAGUCAAUCAACCGUUGCCCGAAAUACCAGUGCAACAGCAACCAGCAACGACGCCGGCAACGCAGCAGCAGCAGCAACACACAAAGAUUUCAGCGCAACCGCUGUGUGCAGCCAACUUGGGGCAAUAUCGUUCGUUGCAACGACCGCAGUCAACGGCAGCGCAGCAAAAGUUGCAACUGGUACAGCAGCAGCAGCAGCAACAACAACAGCAGCAGCAGCAGCAGCAACCACCAUCGUUGCCGCCAAAGAAUCGACACAAGAAUGCGAGGGAGGCGAACAAUGCGAAUCAUAUGCAAAUGUUGCCGCCAAAAUCGGCGAGUUUGCGGCAACAGCAAUCGACAAGCUUUGGCUACGAGCGGGACAGAGAUAGAGACAGAGAGCGUGAGCGUGACAGGGAAAGAGAACGAGACAGAGAGAGGGAAAGGGAAAGAGAGAGAGAGCGUGAACGUGAACGUGAAAGAGAAAGAGAGAGAGAACGUGAACGUGAACGUGAACGUGAGCAGCGAGAGAGGGAAAGAGAAAGGGAACGCGAGCGACCGCGACGUGCUGAGACGUUGGACAAUGCGCGCAGCUAUGCGGAGCAACAGUUGCAGGCGCAAUACGGUGGACAGCCGAUGCUGAGCAGCAUGAAGAAGCAGCACUCCUACGACACGAGUACCUAUCACCAUCAGCAACAGCAACAACAACAGCAGGCGGCCUUCUACCAACAGCAACAGCAACAACAGCAGCAGCAGCGACAGCACAACAACAACUAUCAUCACAGCAGCAGCAACACAACUGGCAGCAGCAGCAAACACCAUCAACAGCAGCAGCAGCAACAUCAACAGCAAUUGCUCGCCGAACAGCAGCAACAAGCGCUGUUCUAUCGCUCGCUGAAACGUGGCGCCUCAGCAGCAGGCAAUAAUGCGGCUGCUGUAGCAGCGGCAACCGCUGCUGAUUUGUAUUCGGUGACGGAAUUGUAGGAGUGCGCCUGCUGCGGCGGCGGAGUUGAUGUUGUGCGACGUGCCACAACGACGACGGCGACAACCACAUGUUCGUCAUCGUCGAUUGGCACGAGCACAGCAGCAACAUCGCUGCACGCAGCAACGGCGGCAGCCUCAGCCAGCACACAAACACAACAGCAGCAGCAACUCAAUCAGGCGCCCAUUCCAUUGCCGCCCAAAAAGCAUCGAUCGCAGCAGCAACAGCAACAUUUGCAACAGCAAACCAGCUGCAAUGCAAAUUUGUGCGAUGACCAUGAAUACGAUGAAUACUGUCCGCAGCAAUACGAAACGCAGCAGCAACAACCACGUCACAGCAGCAGCAAGCAACAGCAGCAACAACAACGUGCUGCAACCUUUGAUGUUGCUGAUGCGCGCGAUUACGAACUGAAGCGUCUCGGCAAUCGACGUUCACAGCAACAAGCAGCGAGCAGCAAACGCAAUGGCGCAGCCGCCGCUGCAGCAGCAGCAGCCGCAGCACAAGCAGCAGCAGCCAGUGAACAACAGCAGCAGCAACAUCAUCAUCGCACACACGAUCGCGAGCGUUCACGUUCUGAUCAUCGCAUACCAAGUUAUGCGUGUGAAGAUGCUGCCACAGCGUUGUGCAGCGCUGGUUCGAUGAGUUUGCUGGCAGCAGCCAAUGGCACACAGCAGCAGCAGCAGCAGCAACAACCACAGCAACAGUCGUCGCAUCGCAGCAAUCAUCACGCGCAGCAGCAACAGCAACAACAACAGCAGCAGCAGCAGCAGCAACAGCGGCGUGAGAAAACCUUCAAAGUAUGAUUUUUAGAGACGUCAUAAAAAUUGCCCAACCCGCGACAAGUUGGCAACGAUGUCGACGACGGCAGCAACAGCAACCACAGCAACAGCAAUCACAACAGCAACCAAGGCAUGGCGCAGCGUAGACGACGCACGCGUUAAACACCAAAACCAUUUUGCAGCCGGAGACGAUGACAACGUGCAACAACAACUUGCGGCGCGGAUUUUUCUAAUAAUAAGAAAGCUUCAAAAUUGAAUAUUGAAAAUUGACAACAAAGAAAAAACAAAAAAACAGAAAACUGUAAAAUAAGAAAACCCCUUUGCAACCACGCCCCCUAAAUGCACUUAGCGAAUAUGUUUUAGUGUGCGUGAUGUUUUUUUUAUUUGUGUGGCAAAGUCAAACGUGCUUCAUGCAACACACACUCUCAAUACACACACACAUGCCACGCCCUGCUCUCCGCCUCUCUCUUCUUUUUCAACUAAGUUACAGUUGCCAACUGCCGAUUGAUGCAGCUGCCAAACCAAAAAAUAAAACUAAACAUAAAAAAAAAACGAUAACGAAAUCGAAAUCGAAGAAAGAAAAAAAUCAUUUGCUCCGUGUUGUUGCCUAUUGUUAAAUGUAAAAUUAUCCAAAACUAAUCAUAAACUAUACACACAACUCUAUGACUACGAUAAAAAUAUUUUAAUUAUAGUUUUUUUUACGUACCGAAUAAAACGAUAUAUUUAGUUUGUAAUAUUUGUUUGAUUUAAGUUUAAUUGCAGCCUUGUUAAGCUAACUUUAAGCUACGUUUAUUUAUUUAUGCACAUAAGUCGAAACCUUUCCCAUCCCCUCCCCCCCACAAUUUGUCAUAUUUUUCUUUUUAGUUCAACCUAAUUAUAAUUUAUACAUUUAUUUUUUUAUUAUUUAAAAAUCCGUUGCGAGACAGCGAAAUGUUUGUAAUUUUUGUGACGUCAGAAAUCUAAAGCGAAGACGACGAAGAAGACGAAGAAGAUGAAGAACAUCAACAGACAGUAAGAAGUAGAAGACGAAGAAGAAGAAAACUUUGUAAUUCCAUUAAGUGAAAAAUUGUUAAAAACAACAAAAGCAAUAAAAACACACAGCAUAUAUAGCGAAAAAAACAAGUGAAAAGCGAAAUAAAUAAAAGAACCGAAAAGCCAUAACAAAAAUAAAUGAAAUUGUUUAACUAAUUUACAAACAUCAAAAGUUAUAGAUAUAUACAUAUAUAUAUACAAAUAUAAAUAUAAACAACAAAAUAUGCAUACGUACAUUAUACAUUAUAUAAAAUAAACAAAGAAUAAAACAAAACCAAACCAAACGAAACAAAACAAUAAUAAUAUAAAUGAAUAUUAUUAACAAACAAACAAAAAAACAAAUGUUCAGGUCAAUAACUGCAUUUACAACAAA